CGAAGACAGAGAAGCAAGAAUGUAGCUGUAUGCUAACAAAGCACUUUGCUAGAAAAUAAGUUGUAUUGUCUAUGCUACGCCUGUUUAAGGAUAAACUUGCCCAAGUGGACUUGAUUCGGAUAUUUUCAUGUUUAACUCAAGACUAGUAUCCUGUUUGAUCAGAAUUUACACGAAGUUAGCGGAAGCUGCUAGCAUCUCAGAAGAAGGAAGCUGAACUCGCUACACAGGCCCAAGGAGGAAAGAAACCAAAAUCACGUAUUCGUGGGGCCAAAAUAACGAAUUAACGGAGUUUAUGUGAAGUUAACUACGAUAUAAUAUAGAGAAAAUGUCUAAAGUCCAAAUGCUAAGAUCUUUAGUAAACCAGAGACUGACUGCUGCUGCCGAAGAGAUAUUUGAACUGUUUGAAAGAACGAUAGCAGAAUACGAGGAGGAACUAGGUCGAUCUAAAGAGAACCAACGUAAAGGAGUGGAGGCUGCUAUCAACCCUGGAGAGGAGUUACACAGAGCAGAUGUCCAGCAGUUGAUGAUGACAAAAGAAGAGGCUCUCCCUGAUCAGUGGAAGUGGAGCCACAGUCCAGACCAUAAGGAGCCACCAGAAACGGUACACAUUAAAGAGGAAUGGGAUGGAGUGUGGACUCAAAAGAGAGGACAGCUGCUUCAAGAAGCAGAGGAGGCUAAUCUCAAAAUGUCCACAUUUAGUCCUGUUCCUAUGAAGACUGAAGCAGAUGAUGAGGAACCUCAGUCCUCACAGCAUCAUCAGGGACGAAGUCCCCUGAAAGAAACAGAUGCUGAUGGACAGGACUUUGGAGGAUCAGGUGUAGACAGAGACUUUAAUCCAGAAGAUCAUUUACAAUAUGCAAUUUAUGAUGAAACUCUGCAGUCCUUUGAAUCUGAGACAGAUGACAGUAACUGUGAUUGGGAUGAAACCUGGGAACCUCGGUCAUGUUUUAACACUCUGCGAAACAAAAACAGGAGUGACGUAAAAUGUAACACUGGAAAUACAUCAGUUUGCUCCUUUGAAAGCAGUACAAGCACAAGAACAGAGGAACAACUGACAAAUGGAUUCCUUGUGGGAGAAAAACCAUUUAGUUGCUCAGUUUGUGGUAAAAGAUACCCAAGACAGAGAAAUUUAAAGCAACACAUGUUACGUCAUUCAAGAGAAAAACCUUUCAGCUGCUCAGUUUGUAACAAAAGUUUUAUCUGGAAAAAGGAGAUGAUGACUCACAUGAGAUUCCACACCGGAGAAAAACCAUUCAGUUGUUCAAUUUGUGGUAAAAGAUUUGCUUUGCAUGUGCAUCUGAGGCAACACUCAACUGUCCACACAAAGGAGAAACCAUUUAGUUGCCGUGUUUGUGAUAAAAGAUUCACUCGGCUCUCAUAUAUCAAAAAACACAAGUGUGUUCGUAAGAGCAGCAAAAACUAAAUGAAAGCUUAGUAUUAUUAUCAGAUAUGACCUUUGAAGUCUAACAUGUAGUCAGUGGAGCUCUCUGAGUGUUUGAUAAAUGUCAUGUGUUAAACAUUUUAUUCAUGAACUGUCUAAUUAACAAAGUUACCUAGGAUGGGUUAGAUUUUAAGUGUGCUUCAUGCAGCAUUUUCAUUUAACCAGUGAACGUUUAUUUACUAACAGGACGUUAUUUUCAGGCCUGGUCAAUAUUUUUUUCAUCUGUACUAAGACCACAGUUUUGUGUGUCUGUCUUAAAGCUUCACACAUGAUUUGUUUCUGGAUAAGGUUAUGGUCAAGGAAAACAGAUUUCAAAAUAAAUCAGAAGUCUAAAAAUUAGAAAGAGAGAAAUUAAAAAUAUGAAUACUGAAUUCCAAUUACCUGUAACUAUUUCUCAUUUUAAUUAUCCUCUGGGGUUUUAUAAAAAAAAUAAUAAAAGGUUAAUUCCUAAACUGUAAAUAAACAGAAAAAGCCUGUCUUAAUGGAGUGCUUCUGAUGAAAAUGGUAUGUGACAGUAUCUUAAGUCCAAAUGCUGUGAGCUUUAGUCAGUCAGAGACUGACUACUGAAUGUUUUAGGUUCUGGUGUGAUGAUAGCAUAUUGUAAGUAGGCCCUUAUAAGAAAUUUGCAUGACUUUUCUUCAUACUCAACGUGUCUCCCCAGCUUCCUCUUCUCUACACUUUCCUGGUUCAUCCACUGUCACUGCUUAGCCUUGGUCUCCACCUUUUGUAUGCCUUGCAGUCCUUUCUGUCUUCAUACCUGCUCCACUUUCACUUCCUGUCUUCAUACCUGCUCCACUUUCACUUCCUGUCUUCAUACCUGCUCCACUUUCAGCUUCCCUCUAUCUUUGGGACCUGCUUCAUUCCAUGCCAGUUCACCUGAGCCAAGCCACAAGCUCCCCCAGCCUUGCUGCACAUUGCAACCUCGACAUGCUUAAGAGCUGAUUCUGCCUCCUGUACUGCCUGUCUUUGGUUCUCUUUCUUCCCCAUUAAAUGAGAGGAACAACAUACCAACUUACUGUGUAAAACUUGUCAGUUGUCAAGAUUACUGAUAUACAAGAAGUGAAACAUUUGAGAUCAGUUUGAUCUUGUCUGACAAAGACCAACAGAUGUGGAUGCCUUCUCUUUUUAACCUGCAGGACCUGUUUAGUUUACCGCCACAAACUUUAUUCAUCUCUCUGCAAGGCUGUCUCAUUCCACCAAUCAAAAGACUCACAUCCAACAGGAGUUUUCUCUCUUCAAAUGACAUUUUGAUUUGAAGGGAAAUUUUAGCAUAUUUUGUUAGGAGUCACUAGUCUUUGUCAAGUAUCCUAAUAAGUGUUACUAAACAAUGGAACUGCUCACUUUUUGUAUAUUUGUUUUAAAAAGUUCCUUAACAUUGGAUAUCCAAAGCUCUAUUUUAUUUUUAAGGCCAGGUGAGUGCACAGAAAAUGUAAAUUCACUUAACCAACUCUCUGAGUCCUAAGGCAAUUUAGGACUAGUACCCCUGUGACCCUAACAGGAUAAGUGAUGUUGAAAAUGGACAGAUUAACUUCUCUGUUUUAUUGUGUGAUCAUUUUGUCUGUGUCACUCCAAAUGGCUUGAUUUUUGUAGGAAGGUUGUUUUCUCAAUAAAUUUUGAAACUCCAAUUU